UCUGCUACAGGCUGACAUGAACCACGUCACCCUCGAUAUCGCAGUUUCACAUCUCUUCUCUCUCUAUAUGAUAGAUGGCUCUGACCGAACCGUUGCUUAAAACAGCACAAAACACAUAAUGCGAAUAUGCACCGUUCUGACAGUGAUGUGCGUCCUUCUGGCACCCACCACUGCAGGAGAAAGCUGCCGGCCUAUGGAAUAUGAUGUCAGUGGGAUAUGUUGUCCAAUGUGCGAUAAAGGAAGUGUUGUGAAGCGAAACUGCACCCAUGGCUCGAGUACGAGCUGCACGCCGUGUGAGAGAGGCACGUACAUGGACAUGGCCAGUGGACUGAGCCGGUGUUACAGCUGUCGAACCUGUAAAGCAGAACAAGGUCUGGUAGCAGAACGGGAGUGCACCAGAGAACAGGACUCAGCCUGCACCGUAUUGGAUGGCUUCUACUGCCAGGAGCCCAACCAGGAAUCAGGCUGCACUCUGGCUCAGAAACACACCCAGUGUAAUGCUAGCCAGAUGACUAAAUUACCUGGAACCAGGGGCACUGACACGGUCUGUGAGGACUGCAAGACUGGAUAUUAUUCUACAGGUGGUAAUAAAUGUACAGAAUGGAAAAGCUGCGGGAAUGGAAAUGUGCUGCAAAAGGGAAGCCAAACCAAAGACGCGGUCUGCAACACAGCCCCAAGAAGACAUCACUAUGUUGUACUAUUAUCAGUGCUGCUGCUGUUGUUGCCUGGUUAGUUAAAGGAGACAUCAGGUGUCAAAUGGAUCUGGGAUAUGUUUGGUAUGAUAACGAGUUGGAAUGCUCGUUUGGGAGCAAAAAAGCGCACAUAGACGUAUUCUUAAGUUGGCUGUUUUUAGCCGAUUCUACCAAAACGCUAUAAACUUGGAACGAUAGGGGCAUGUCUCAUGGUAAAAACGAAAUCACUAUUUUAAACCACUUCCAAGGCUAGAAGUAGCCCGACACUUCUUUGGUAGUAUAAUAAGGGUCUUAACAUGUAAAACAAGGCUUGAUUACUUUGUAAGUGCAGAUUGUUUAUUAAAAAGGAUGGGUAGAUUGGCGAACACAGAGCUUGUGACAUCCGUCAACAACACGCAAGCUCUGUGUUCGCUAGGGGUGUAACGGUACACUACACGUAUUUGUACCGAACCGUCACGGUACAGGCACUUCGGUGCGGUUACAGAGGUAUACCGCAAUACGUAAAUGUGGCGUACAUAGCGUUAAUAUGGCGAAUGUAAAGGCUUGUUUUGCGAUGCAGAAUUUAAAACUUGAAGUAGGAGUUCCACGUAGUUAGUCAUUCGAUUGUGCUACAAGAGCUACAUGUUUCACUUUUAUUAUGCUAACGAAGUGGUUUUGUGGGUUUUCAACAUGUUAAGUCAUCGUCCCCAUAGAUAGAUAGACUUUAUUGAUCCCUUGGGAAUGCUCCUUCAGGGAAAUUCAAAAUUCCAGCAGCGGUAGUACAGACAACUCACAAAAACGAGCAAGAAAAACACACACUAAAAUGCAUCAAGACAUGAUAUAAAUAAACACACUUUAAGAAGAAGCAGCAGCAGCAGGUGUUAGCAGCAAUUAUAUCUUAUUUGUGUUCUUGUUUAAUAAAUGGAGUGUGUAGCAAUAAAUAAAUAAAUAGAUUAUGCAAGCUCGAUCAGUCUAUCCCAGUGGUUUUCAAACUGUGGGGCGCGCCCCCCCUGGGGGGCGCCAGAGUUCUUCAGGGGGGGCGCGACGUGAGAAAAAAAUAAACCCGAAGAAAACCCUGAAAGACGAUGAUUCAAAUAAUCAGUCGUACUUCAACUGUAGAAGUAACAUAACUAAAUCAAUUUUCAACCGUUUAUCUUCAUGCAAACCAUUUAACAAAUCUACACACUUGUAUCUUCAAUAAUAUCGAAACAGAAUUUCGAUAUCAUUUAAAAUGUCUUCAGAAUCACAGUUUUAGUUUCAUACUGCUUCGUUUUCAGCUGUUUUCAUUGAAGACGUCAGCCCAUUCUGAUACACCUACUUCUAGACAUCGUAACUCAUUCCUUUUUCAACCGUUUACCUUCGUUCAAACCAUUAAACAAAUCUACACACUUGUAUCUUCAAUACUAUCUAAACGGAAUUUUGAUAGCAUUUAUACUUUUUUCAGAAUCACAGUUUUAGUUUCAAACCGGCGUCGUUUUCAGUUGGUUAUAAUUUUGAGGUCACCAUAGCAACGCCGGUAAACAAACCCCGCCGAAUAGUCGAAUCUCUGGACUGAAAAGGCAGAUCUGAUUCGACUCAGAAAAUUCAGAGUCGGGGACCCUGAAUGAAUCUGUAAACUGGCAGUUUACACAGAUUAAGAUGUUCAAAUGUAUUUAAAAAGGUUAAGCUAAAACAUGCUUAGAUAAAGUUGUUACAUUUUGUUGUUUAAAAACGCAAAAAGAUGUAAUGUUUCAG